GUAUUUCCAUUUAUUCCGGCCACAGUCACACUCGUUGUUUUUUGUUGCAGCGGCGACGUUCGUCUUGUCUUGUUUUUCGUGUCCGUUUUCGUCACUCUUUUCAGAGUGCAAUACAAGUGCAAUAUUAAUUAAGUAAUAAUACAAAUGUAAAUGUAUAUCGAGUGCAUAUAUGUGUAUGCGUGUGCAAUACAAACGAAUGACCAUGUUAUAGCCAUACAAAUAUAAAACAAAAGCGACAAACCCCCUGAAAAGGUAAAACAAAAAUCUGCGAAACCUUCGACAAUCAUCGAGUUUUACUGUACUUGAAAAUGGACUGUGCCACGCUAAUACAACAACAAUUACGGGCACAUCACCAGCAGCAACAAAUACAAAGACAAAUACAUGGACGAAAGCGGCGGCGAUUACAACAACAACAUCACCACAACAACAAGCAAUACGUUUGGCUUGUUGUUGGCAUUUUGACAAUUUUUUUGACUCAGCACACAAAUGCCGCAGAUCUGGUGAUUAACGUGCCAAAUGCGAGCAGCAAUGACAACGCCUUUUACAGGAUCGACUACAGUCCGCCCUUCGGCUUCCCGGAGCCGAACACCACGAUCCCGGCCAGCGAGAUUGGCAAGGACAUCAAGUUCUCGAGGGCUCUGCCGGGCACAGAGUACAACUUCUGGCUGUACUACACCAACUCCACGCAUCAGGAGCUGCUCACCUGGACGGUGAACAUUACAACAGCUCCCGAUCCGCCAGCCAAUUUGAGCGUUCAGCUGCGCUCCAGCAAAAGUGCCUUCAUAACGUGGCGACCGCCGUUAACUGGUCGAUAUUCGGGAUUCCGGAUCCGGGUGCUGGGCCUCACGGAUCUGCCCUUCGAGCGCAGCUACUCGCUGGAUGGCAACGAAACGCUGCAGCUUUCGGCCAAGGAACUGACUCCCGGGGGGAGCUACCAGGUCCAGGCGUACUCCGUCUACCAGGGCAAGGAAUCGGUGGCCUACACGAGUCGCAACUUCACCACAAAACCGAACACGCCUGGCAAGUUCAUCGUUUGGUUCCGGAAUGAGACCACCCUGCUGGUGCUGUGGCAGCCACCAUAUCCGGCCGGGAUCUACGCCCACUACAAGGUGUCCAUAACGCCGGACGAUGCCAUUCAGAGUGUUUUGUAUGUGGAGCGGGAGGGGGAACCGCCGGGACCGGCUCAGGCGGCCUUCAAGGGUCUCGUGCCGGGCCGCGAAUACAACAUCUCGGUGCAGACGGUCUCCGAGGACGAUACGUCAUCGAUACCCACCACGGCGAGGUAUCUGACCGUGCCAGAACGAGUCCUAAAUGUCACCUUCGACGAGGCCUACACCACCUCGACCUCCUUUCGGGUGAAAUGGAUGCCACCGAGAACUUAUAGUGAAUUCAAUGGCUACCAGGUGAUGCUCUCCACCUCGAGGCGAAUAUUCAAUGUCGCACGAGCGGCGGAAGGUGAAUCGGUCUACUUCGACUAUCCGGAUGUUUUGGAACCGGGUCGCACCUACGAAGUGGUGGUCAAGACCAUUGCGGACAAUGUGAACUCCUGGCCAGUCGCCGGGGAGGUCACGCUGCGUCCCCGACCCGUUCGCCUUCUGGGCGGGUUCCUCGACGAUCGCACCAAUGCUCUGCACAUCUCCUGGGAGCCGGCGGAAACGGGACGACAGGAUGCCUACCGGAUCAGCUACCAUGAGCAGACGAACGCGAGUGAAGUGCCGCCACUGUUUCCGGUUGCCACGGAGUCACAAAUUACCACGAAUCUCACGGAGUACACGAUAGACUUUCUGCUGGCGGGACGUCGCUACCUGAUCGCCGUGCAGGCCUUGUCCAAGGGGGUGGCCUCCAAUGCCAGCGACAUCACACGCUAUACACGCCCGGCGGCGCCCAUCAUCCAGGAACUGAAGAGCAUCGACCAGGGUCUCGUGCUCAGCUGGCGGAGUGAUGUGAACUCUCGCCAGGAUCGCUACGAGGUGCACUACCAGCGAAAUGGAACGCGCGAGGAGCGGACAAUGACCACUAACGAUACGAGCCUGACGAUCCACUACCUGCACCCGGGAUCCGGUUACGAGGUCAAGGUGCACGCCAUCAGCCACGGAAUCCGAAGCGAGCCGCACUCCUAUUUUCAGGCAGUUUUUCCCAAACCGCCGCAGAAUCUCACCUUGCAGACGGUGCACACGAAUCUGGUGGUGCUUCAUUGGCAACCGCCGGAGGGCAGUGAUUUCAGUGAGUAUGUAGUGCGCUACCGCACGGAUGCGUCUCUGUGGCAACGGAUUUCCGGUUUGCAUAAGAACGAGGCGAGGAUCGAGGAUAUGCACUACGGCGAACGCUAUCUGGUGCAGGUCAACACCGUGAGCUCUGGCGUGGAAAGUCCUCAUCCUCUGGAGCUAAAUGUGACGAUGCCACCGCAACCGGUUUCGAAUGUAGUGCCGCUGGUCGACUCACGUAAUCUCACAUUGGAGUGGCCCCGUCCCGAUGGUCAUGUGGAUUUCUACACUCUCAAGUGGUGGCCCACCGAUGAGGCGGACCGUGUGGAGUUCAAGAAUGUUAGCCAGCUGGAGGAUUUGAGCUCGCCCAGCGUUCGGAUACCCAUUGAAGAACUAUCGCCAGGUCGUCAGUAUCGCUUCGAGGUACAGGCCAGCUCCAAUGGCAUCCGUUCUGGGACCACUCAUCUUUCCACGCGCACCAUGCCGCUCAUCCAGUCCGAUGUGUUCAUCGCCAAUGCGGGACACGAACAGGGUCAGGAUGAAACGGUGACCCUCAUCUACACACCCACGCCGGCGGACAGCACUCGCUUCGAUAUCUACCGCUUUUCGAUGGGCGAUCCCAAGAUCAAGGAUAAGGAAAAACUGGCCAACGAUACGGAGCGCAAGUUGAGCUUCUCGGGACUGACGCCCGGCAAGCUCUAUAACGUUACCGUGUGGACCGUGAGUGGGGGAGUGGCCAGUUUGCCGGUCCAAAGGUUGUAUCGACUGCAUCCGCUGCCCAUCAGUGAUUUGAGGGCCAUCCAUGUGGAUGCACGUGAGAUAAGUCUAAAUUGGACGGCUCCCGCUGGCGAAUACACCGAUUUUCAACUGCAGUACAUCAGUGCCGAUGACGAGAAAAAUGUGCUCCAGAAUGUGACCGAAAAGUCAGAGAUUACGCUGCAGGGCCUGCGGCCGUAUCACAAUUACACCUUCACCGUGGUGGUGCGAGCGGGUUCCGUUCAGGGUGCGGGUUCGGAUGUCUCUGGCGGCACCCUGAUGCGCAGCAGUGCUCCCAUCUCGGCGAGCUAUAAAACACUGGCCGCUCCGCCCGGAAAGGUUGACUCCUUCCAGCCAAGGGAUGUGCAGCCCGGCGAGGUGAGCUUCGAGUGGAAAUUGGAGCCCAGCGAACAGCAUGGACCCAUCGAGUAUUUCCGCAUUACCUGCCAGAAUGCCGACGAUGCUGCGGAUGUAGCAAGCUACACAUUCCCGGCAAAUGCCACGCAGGGCACGAUUAGUGGUUUGGUACCCGGCAAUCAGUACAUCUUUCGCAUACGAGCGAGAUCGGCCCUGGGCUACGGCGCUGAAAGAGAGCAUAUCCAGGUCAUGCCCAUCCUGGCACCUCCUGUACCGGAUCCAAGUGUCACUCCCCUGGAGGUGAGCAGAACGAGUAGCACCAUCGAGAUCAGUUUCCGGCACGGUUACUUCUCCAAUGCCCACGGCAUGGUGAGGUCCUAUACCAUUAUUAUAGCCGAGGAUGUGGGCAAGAAUGCGUCGGGCUUGGAGAUGCCCAGCUGGCAGGAUGUGCAGACAUACCCGGUGUGGUUGCCCUACCAAGCCAUAGAGCCGUACAAUCCGUUCCUGACCCCCAAUGGCAGCAGGCGGAGCAAUCUGGAGGCCGAGCACUUUACGAUUGGGUCGGCCAACUGUGACAAGCAAAAGGCUGGCUAUUGCAAUGGUCCGCUGAAAGCAGGAACCACCUAUAGAAUCAAGGUGCGUGCCUUUACGGACGACGACAAGUUCACGGAUACGGCGUACAGUUCACCGAUCACCACCGAACGCAGUGAGACCGUCAUAGUGGCCGUCACCAUGGCGGCCGUGCUGCUGGUGGCAAUGGUUCUCCUGGUGUUCUACUGCCAGCUCCGCUGCCAACUGGUCCGCCGCGCCUCCAAGUUGGCCCGCAUGCAGGACGAGCUGGCCGCCCUGCCCGAGGGCUAUGUGACGCCCAAUCGUCCCGUUCAUGUGAAGGACUUUGCCGAACAUUACCGACUAAUGUCGGCCGAUUCGGACUUCCGUUUCAGCGAGGAGUUUGAGGAGCUUAAGCAUGUGGGUCGCGAUCAGGCUUGCAGCUUUGCCAAUCUGCCGUGCAACCGGCCCAAGAAUCGCUUCACCAACAUCCUGCCCUACGAUCAUUCACGCUUCAAGCUCCAGCCGGUGGACGAUGACGAUGGCUCGGAUUAUAUCAAUGCCAACUACAUGCCGGGUCACAAUUCGCCGCGCGAGUUUAUUGUCACCCAGGGACCGUUGCACUCGACACGCGAGGAGUUCUGGCGGAUGUGCUGGGAGAGCAACUCGCGGGCCAUUGUCAUGCUGACGCGGUGCUUCGAGAAGGGUCGCGAGAAGUGCGAUCAGUAUUGGCCCGUGGAUCGGGUGGCCAUGUUCUACGGUGACAUCAAAGUGCAGCUGAUCAUCGACACGCACUUUCACGACUGGAGCAUAUCCGAGUUUAUGGUCUCAAGAAACUGCGAAUCGCGGAUAAUGCGACACUUCCACUUCACCACAUGGCCGGACUUUGGAGUCCCGGAGCCACCGCAAUCGCUGGUGCGCUUUGUGCGCGCCUUCCGCGAUGUCAUCGGCACGGAUAUGCGUCCCAUUAUCGUCCAUUGCAGCGCGGGUGUGGGCAGAUCGGGCACUUUCAUAGCUCUGGAUCGCAUUCUGCAGCACAUUCACAAGUCCGACUAUGUGGACAUCUUUGGCAUCGUGUUUGCCAUGCGAAAGGAACGCGUUUUCAUGGUGCAGACGGAGCAGCAGUACGUGUGCAUUCAUCAGUGUUUGCUGACGGUGCUGGAGGGCAAGGAGCACUUGCUGGCCGAUUCCCUCGAGCUGCAUGCCAACGAUGGCUACGAAGAGCGCCAACCACAAACGAAAAUGGGAACCUUGCCCAUAAGAGCUUCUUUGGCCAGGGCCGAGGAACUGGAUGCGGAUUUAAUGGCCGACAAGGAUCAGGAGCAGCAGCAGCUGACCAAUGAAGCGAAGCACAAGUCCAGUAAUGUUGAUGAUGACGUUGUUGAUGAUGGUGAUGAUGAUGAAGAGGAUGAAGACGAGGACGAUGAUGAUGAUGAUGACCAGCAGCCGUUGAACAAUGAAACAACGGCUACUCUAUCAUCGGCGAGCUGCAGCAGUAGCAUUCAGGAGCAUGUGGAUCUCCAGGAGGUCAUAGAACACCCCAACAAACAAGUGCAGGAAAGAAUCUGCAAUAGCACAAAGUCGCAUUCAGACACUGACACUGACACUGAGGAUGAGGAUGAGGAUGAACCGGUGGCCAAGGAUGGGGCUGUCGCCGAUGAGGAUGGCUGGUGGUAUUAAUAGAAAAGUCGACUUUUGUUUAGAUGACGAGGGCAUAGCUGAGACGGGAAUCUGAGGAUGCUUGCUGCGCGGAAAUAUCUACAUAUGAUAUAUAGUACCUAUAGUUAUUUUUUUACACGUUAAAUCUGCCUGUGAUGUGCUGGAUGUGAUUUGUCUACAAACUGGCAUUCGGAGUUGCUGUCAAAUGAGUUGAGUUUGUGGCCUUUGUUCCUCAACAACCGCCAGCCGCAUUUAAUUUGGAGGAUCGGUGGGAAAUCGGGGGACGAAGGCCUCGCGUUUUGGCCUGUGCCAUUUAUGCGUGUACGCCGUACCGCCUGUUUGCCAUAGAGCUAAGCUAGCUAGCCCGCUUAUUUAAUGUAAUGCCGCCAAAUUAGACCAAACCAACAAGAGCGUAAACUUAAGUUUCAGGUGUAAUAAUCUAUUACCUAUUUUUGUAUCUAUCCCUUUACCUAUUACCUAUUACCUAUUACCUACCACUAUUGCCUAUUAUAUUUUGCUCUGUCGUGUUGUGUAUAGAUGUGUAAAUUUGUUUCCAUUUAGUGUGUGCGUCGAUCGAUAUUAUGAUUAUGUUACUAUUACUAUAACUAUUACUUUUAUUACUAUUACUCUAAACGAUUAUGUAUUAUUUUUAUCAUAAGGCUUAGUUUCGUUUUAUCGAUAGACUUUAGUCCAUGAUUAGUCAGCGAAAUGUUGGCUCUAGCUGCAUGCAAGCUUUCCAUAUGCUCUUUGGCCAUUAGUGUCUCGAAAUAAAUAACUUUGACUUUAUUGGAUCUGGCCAGAGCAGCAAUCGUUAUUGUAACACACCAUGCAGUUAAAGUUAUUAGCAUUUAUUUUAUUGUAUUUAAUUAUUUUAUUUUUUUUUUAAUGUGCAUCUACACAAGAUCAACAAGUUUGUAUUGAGAACAUGAACAAAUAAACAAAGAAGUAAAA